GAUCGGGGACCGUCCGGAUGGCGCUGGCGAGAUGUGCCGGCUGAUGACAGGCCCGUUCAUACAGGGCGGACAGGGAGCAAUGCCUCAACGCGAACCAUUCGGGGACAGGUCCACCGUUCCUUACUGUCGCGUCGUUGAAAGAUCGAAGACCCAUGUUGACGCUGCCGCAGGACCAAUUCGUUGUUUGGGUGAUGUAUGUCCGCGUGUGAGAGGCAUGCCAGUGCAUGCCUAGAUACAUGGCACACAGUGCUCAAGGCCGUGCAUUGCAGAGCCUGAACCUAGUGCGAUGGCGUGUAUGCGUAGGGAGUACAGAGGUAAAUGCACAGCAAAAUGCUACAUACAUUGGAAAGUCCGUCCUUCAAGUAGAUACUGUAGUAUUACCUACGGGAAGAGAUCGUGCCCACCUGGGCAUGAAGGGCGGUCGGCGGACAUGGUGCCAGCUUCGUCACAUUGCACGCGCAUGAGCACCCGCCAAACCAUCUGGGCAGUUGCCAAAAAGAGGGCAAGCUUGCUUGCUCACUUGCCACCGGCGCUGUCCCCGUGGUCAUCAGCCUUGAUGAGAUCGGGCUUAUCAUACAGAUGCAGUAUGGCAUGUCGACAAACAAGGAAGGGAGAAACACAACCCUACACUACGAUGAGAGCGACGGCGAUGCGUCUGGAAAAGGUCGCCGUGCAGAUACUCGAAGUGGAAUGCCGCAAGCCUGCAGGCCACCUGCAUCACGCACGAGGAUUUUUUUGGGAUAGCCGACCAGCAGCUUUGCAAACUUCAAUCCGGUGUCCGGGAACUGCGCUGACCAUGCAGCAUUCUACUGAGAAGUUUGCCGUGCUUGUCUCUCCUUGAUUUGUGUGCCCUUCUGCGGUGAGGCAAACAAACAUCGGUGUCAGUCCCCUUGCCCUUCAUCUUAAUCGUGUCUCAGGAGGCUGAAGCGACCGGGCGCUGAGACAUCGAAGAGAGGGCUUUCCCUGUGAGAGAAGCGAAUGGCAAAGCCCUGUCCCACGAGUCAAGCCACAACGGGGAGAUCGUCAUUUGCGAAAGCAAAGUGACCGGCGUGCAUGUAUACAGGUACUACU